UAAACUUUGACAAAAACUAACAGAUUAAUAAAUGGGCUUGAAAAAUAUUUUUUUGAAACAUGUCACCUAUUUUUUCAAUGAUUCACGACUUGUUUAAAGUUCUGACAACAUUUUUAGAACUAAACUUGUUCAUAUAAAACAAUGCAGAUCGUGUAGGUUCCUUUAAUGUGUUCCUUAAUCAUCUCACUCCCAUUUGUUUAAUUAAUUUCUUACCUUACUCAGUCUUGUUUUUCAAUCACUUUAAGAGACCCUGACCAACAUUGCUUCUUUUUCCUUUGGUCUGACUUACUCAUAAAUGUCUUUAAAGUAAACAAACAAACCAGUUUCAGUUUUUAUUAUUUUUUUAAAUGGUGGCUGACUUCAUUAACAUGUGGGACAUGAAAGGAGGGAUUGCUUUGGAAAAAGGGGAGCAAUAUUAAAGGGAAAAAAAUGUAGUUUAUAUUUGUAAUCCAAUUUACUGUUCAUAACUGAAUCCAUGUCAAAGUACUUGCUCCAAAGCAGCAAAAACAUUUUUUUUUCAGUCCAGAAGAUUGUAAUAAAGCCAGAUUACCUUAAUUGUACAGUGAUUGCUUUAUUAGUGACCAACUGGCUACAAUUAUGAGUUUUUACAGAAAAAAUGAGAUGAGACUAAAGAGGAAAGCAUCUUUAAGCAAAAACCUCCAACAGAACCAGACUCGAUGAGAACGACCUAGGCCUGUGGAAGAUAAGUUGGAACAUGGAACAAAAUCGAGAUAAAGAUGGACAAACGAGCCCUCUCUCUUAUGAAAAAGACAAGUCAGGAAUUGCAAGAAAGACAAGAGACAGCAAAUGCAACUAUAAGGUAUACUUUCAAGUUUCAGAAAAGAAGAGAGAAGAGGUCUAAAACAGCCUCUGACUAAAAAAAAAGUUGCAACCAAGGUAUUUAUCUUAUUUUGAAAAGUAAAGGAAGUAGAAACAAAGGUCUAUUUAGGUGCACACAUGCAGUAUAACUGAAGUUUAUUUUGUAGUCUGAAGAAUUUUUCAGUUGAUAUAUUUUCUACACUACAUUAUAGAUGGUCAAUAAUAGACGUAAUAUUAACACGUAUUAGUGUACUUAAUGAAAUAUACUUGAAGUGUACUUUUCGCUGAGCGUAUCUUUGUUUUACCUCGUUUGAAGUCCUUUCAAAAGCUAAAUUAGAAGGGGGAAAGGUGCUCUUUGAACAUGUUUGCCAGUUUUGGCCCUAAUCCGCAUAAAAACUAUGUUCUAUGAGGGGGCGCUCAUUGCAUUUGGAGAUGGCAGCAGCAGUUUAGUCCUUGUUUUCGUGUGGGUACGUGGGUUUGACCCGUUUCAGCCCCACGUCUCACGUGCUCCCAAACAAACGUUCCGGUAUGUAGCCGGUCCGGACCGGAUUCUCCGUGCAGCCAUAACCGUAAACACAACAGGCUGUUAAAAAAAUUAAGUGUUUUUUGCGUGGGAGACAUGUGAAGUGAUGUCGCGGUUGCUUUCGUAGAUUAGCUGCGACCAAAAUACCUCGAGCGACGGGGCCGCGCAGAGCCUGAUGGGGUGCGCGUGACACUCCGGUUGGUUGGUGCGCGAGGAGGCUCCAGGAGGAGAUGCUGAAGCCCGGCGAAAAGCCGGAUGGAGCUGGGAGGAGUGCAGACAGAGAGGACGAGGAGUCCGGCAGACACGAGGAAGAGUUAGAUCCACGAAUUCAGGAGGAGCUGGAGCAGCUCAACCAGGCCAGCGAGGAGAUCAACAGACUGGAGCUGCAGCUGGACGAGGCUCGGUCCAGCUACAGAAAAAUCCUCUCUGAUUCUGCCAGGAGGCUCAAAGCUCUAAGUUCUCAGCUUGGCGCCUGCACGGAGAGAGCAAGGCCUUACUAUGAGGCACGCAGGCUGGCUAAGGAGGCUCAGCAGGAAACGCAGAAGGCGGCGCUGAGAUAUGAAAGAGCCGUGUCCAUGCAUGCUGCUGCCAGAGAGAUGGUGCAUGUGGCUGAGCAGGGUCUCCUGGCCGACAAGAACACCAUGGACCCCACCUGGCAGGAAAUGCUGAACCACGCUACAGCUAAGGUGAACGAGGCAGAGGAGGAGCGCCUUCGCAGUGAGCACGAGCACCAGCGAGUCACUCAGCUCUGUCAGGACGCCGAGGCUCGUGUCCUGACGCUCCAAAAGGCCCUGAAGAAGGUCAUCCUCAAGUCCAAGCCUUACUUUGAGCUUAAAGCUCAGUUCAACCACAUCCUGGAGGAGCACAAGGCUGAGGUGGUGCAGCUGGAGAAGCAGGUGACAGCGGUCAAAACAAGAUACUCUGUGGCUCUGCGGAACCUGGAGCAAAUCAGCGAGCAAAUCCAUGCACAGAGGGGCCGCACUGCCACCUGCGACGGGCGGAGCUCCCCUGUUGGAGCAGAAGCAGAGGUGAAAGGGCCCUCUACGACCCCUGCCAGCAGCAGUACCGGGGCCGCCGCAGUGGAACCAAGCUGGGUGGACAUGGAGAAAACCCGGCUGUGGGUGGAGAAGCACAGAGAAAGCGGGUGGGGCAGGAGCGAAUCGAUGGAGGAUUGUUUGUCUGUCACCAACCUGCAGACCAUCGCGUCAGACUUGGAAAAGUGCGACUCUGUGGAGCACCUGGGGGAUCUGAGUGACAGUGGGAGCAUGAUGGGACCCCAGUGGGACCAAGAAAGAAAGCAGACUGAGGCAGCCGCCAUGUGGGAGGGUGUGGCUAAGCGCUCUCAAGUGAUCCUCAAAGAAAACCAGGAGGGUUUUGUCAAACAGCACCAAAGAAGUGUUAGUCUCUGACAGUUUGUAGGGUCUGAUGGAUGAGAGGUGAACAUUGAGAGUCCUGCUGAUGCUGCAGGAUGAAGAACAGCCGGUUAGCCCAGCCGCUGCUCAGCCCUUACGGCAGUGAUCCCCAAACCCCAGGUCACAGACGGCACCGGAAAUACAUUUUUUACAUUUUAUUAUAAUCUUAUUAUGAAAGAUGUUUUAUUUUGGAAAAAUACUAGACCCUCUCCACCACCUUCAACUCAUUCUUGGCAUAUAUCAAGUCACUCGGACACAUGUCAACAAUCCAUCUACUUUCUUACAUUUCUUAAAGCUAAAUUGAGCUUCCAUGUUGCCAGUUAUGGGAUGAGGGAAAAUCAGUACCACAUUUUAAUGGUUCCUACACAUAAUCUAGUUUACCAAUAAAGUUUAUUGGAGCUGUAGAUAUUUUACAGGUGGUUGAAGAUAAAAGUUAUCCUGGAAUGUUAUGGGAAACUGGCAGCUAAAAAAAAAUCAGACGUUCACUUUAGCCUAUUACAGACUGGUCCGUGAAAGUAUUGUCUGGCAUUAAACCGGUUCAAAAAUCUUGGGGACCACUACCUUAUGGCACACCAAAGUAUAGUGCAGUUUGAGCAUCAAUGGAUGGACAUAUAUGUAUGUGUGUGUAUAUAUAUAUACAUACACACACACACACACACACACACACACACACACAUAUAUGAACUUCUACUUGAUAUUCAGUUUCUUUUCAAUGUAACUGAAAGAUGCUUCAAACUGCAACAAGUUAUUGUUUUUGUUAUUACCGGUACAUCUGGUGUGCCACAGGGCUCCUACUGGAGUCUUUACUCUUCUCUACUACCACUUGGCAGUAUCUCCUAUAAAUACAAUAUAGUUUUUCAUUGCUAUGCCGACGACAUCCAGCUCUAUUUAUCCAAUAAAUCUAAUUUCACAACCCCUCCCUCUUCUCUUUGCCAGAUUUGAACUGCAGAUUACCAAGGUUGGAUCUGACUCGCCGUUUUAUUGCAUUUUAAUUUACCGACCCCCUGGCCCUGCACGGGUAUUUUUAGAUGAGUUUGCCGAGUUUUUAUCAGGUAUUAUCAAUUUUAACUCUGUACUCAUAAUGGGUGAUUUUAAUAUUCACAUUGAUGACUCCUCCUGUGCCUCUGCCUCAGAAUUAUUAUUUAUAACUGAGUCUUUUAAUUUGAUUCAACAUGUUUCUGUUCCCACCCAUGACAAAGGUCACACUCUGGACCUAGUCUUCUCCCUAGGUCUAGAUAUUAAGCAGCUUAGAGUUAAAGACAGUCACAUCAGUGAUCACUGCUGGAUUUUCUUCAGUGUGAUUUCCCCCCGCCCAUCUCUACCCUCACCUGUUAGAAUGCAGCGACGUAUUUUAAGCCAGAAUGUAUCGGAUAGAUUCACAGAUCUGUUUGAUGCAAACUCUUUUAAUCAUUUUAAUGAUGUAGAUUCUUUUAUGCAUUCUUUUAACGGUCACUGUGAAACUAUUUUAAAUACAAUUGCUCCUGUCAGACAGAGUGUCUCUUCCAAAAAGUCAUUUCCUUGGAUAAAUGCUGAAAUUAAUUCCUUCAGAAGACUAUGCCGUAAAAUAGAACGUCUUUGGAAAAUAACAAAACUGGAGGUGCACAGACUGCAUCUUAAAGAGCUGAUCUCCACCCUAAAUUACAUGAUAAAACAAGCUAGGUCAACAUUUUUUCAUAAUCUUAUUUCAAUGAACAAAAGAAACCCCAAAACUCUUUUUAACACCAUAUAUACUCUUACAUCACCCUCCUCCUCUCAACUCCCCAAUCUUUCUCAAUCUGAUUGUAGCACUUUUCUCCAGACCCUCUCGGCUAGGAUUUCAGAUGUUGGACAUAACAUCCCUCCUUUAGCAAGAGCUCGGCCACCACCAUCCCCUCUAUUCUCACAGACUUAGUCUAAUUUUUCUCCAGUCACAGUGGAGGACAUCCAUUCUCUGCUCAAUAAGAUCAAGCCCUCAUCUUGCCCCCUCGAUAUAAUUCCAACUCCCAUUUUUCUCAAAGUGUUUGAGUGUAUUGGUGCUGCCGUGGUUGACCUUAUAAAUCUUUCCUUAAUGUCUGGAUCUGUUCCUUCCUUUUUGAAGCACGCUAUAAUAAAUCCUGUGCUUAAAAAACCUAACUUGGACCACUCUGAUCAAAAUAAUUUCCGUCCCAUUUCAAAACUUCCUUUUAUUGCUAAGAUCUUGGAGAAGGUUGUAGCGGAGCAACUAAGGUCAUUCUUAGAACAAAACAAUAUUUGUGACGUUUUUCAAUCUGGCUUUAAAAAGAACCACUCAACUGAAACAGCUCUUUUAAAAGUUUCCAACGAUGUGCUCAUGGCGGCAGAUUCUGGUCAAUACACUGUUCUCGUUCUUUCAGACCUAAAAUCUGCAUUUGAUACUGUAAACCAUGAAAUCAUGCUCGAACGUCUUCAUAACAACUACGGUCUAUCUGGUUCUGUCCUAAACUGGUUUGUCUCCUAUUUCAGUGGUAGAUCUUAUAAAGUCUGUGUUAACUCUCUAUCUUCAGAAGCAACAAUCCUGUCUUGUGGCGUUCCCCAAGGUUCUGUAUUGGGACCCAUUCUAUUCACUCUCUACAUGAUUCCCCUUGGGAGACUCAUCAGCAAAUUUUCAAAUAUUUCUUAUCAUCUUUACGCUGAUGACAUUCAACUUUAUUGCUCCUUUGGAAAAAAUAAUUACACUAAUCUAACAAAUCUACUAGACUGCUUGGCCAGCAUCAGUGUUUGGUUAAAUGACAACCAUUUACUCCUGAACCCAAACAAGACAGAGACAAUGAUUUUUGCUCCUGAUGACAAAAUUCCCUCCAUCAAAAGUCACCUUGGUUCACUGAGCUCUUCUGUCUAGCCCAGUCUCAGGAAUCUUGGUGUCUGGUUUGACAAAGCUAUGUCUCUAGACUCUCAUUCGAAGCGCUUGGUCAAAAACUAUUUUUACCACCUGAGGAAUGUGGCUAAACUGAAGCCAAUGUUGACCAGGUCUGACCUUGAGCUGAUCAUCCAUGCUUUUAUCUCCUCUCGUUUAGACUAUUGUAAUUCUCUUUUUACUUGUUUUAACAAAAAGUCUCUUAAACGUCUCCAACUGGUCCAGAACUCUGCUGCAAGGCUUUUAACUGGAACCAAUAAGCGCACUCAUACCACCCCUCUGCUUUUAGCUCUACAUUGGCUUCCUGUUAAAUUUAGAAUAGAUUUUAAGAUUCUGAUUUUAGUUUUUAGAGCCUUGCACGGACAAACCCCGAUCUAUAUUAGUGACCUUUUAACUCCCUACACUCCUGCACGUUCCUUGAGGUCCACUGAUAAAAAUCUUUUAUGUGUUCCAAAAACUCAUUUUAAAACUAGGGGAGACCUCGCCUUUCAGGCAGUCGCUCCCCGACUUUGGAACGACCUCCCCCUGUCUCUGCGCCAGAUUGACUCAGUCGAGUGUUUUAAAGCUCAAGUUAAGACUUUUUUAUUUAGGCAAGCUUUUAGCUGACUUUUACUUGUGUUCACUUUUGCCUGUAUGCUUGUUUAUAUGCCUGUGUGCAUUUUAUUGGGUAUUGCUUCUGAUUUUAUAUUGUUUUAACAUUGUGAAGCACUUUGUGAGUCGCUCUCUGUGAAAGGUGCUAUAUAAAUAAAAAUUACUUACUUACUUA